UUCCCUUUCAGUGCCAUGAGACUGGGAUCUGCCAUGCAGCUUGCCAUCGAGAAAGUCAAUUCAGACCCCCUUUUCAUGUUAAAUUACACACUGGAUUUUGUGUACGCCGACAGUGACUGUGACCCAAAGACAUCCAUUAAUGCAUUUAUCAGCCAGGUACAAAAAUACAAUAUUUCAGUGCUCUUCGGGCCAGCCUGUCAAGAGGCAGCAGAGAUUACAGGUUUAUUCGCCUCUCAAUGGAACAUCCCCAUCUUUGGAUUUGUGGACCAGCCACCUGCAUUAGACCAUUUCCUUGCGUAUGACACUUACAUAAAACUGCUGUCUCCAUUGCAAAUCAUCAGCGACGCCCUGACUAAAACAUUGCAGUUCUUUGGCUGGAAGUAUGUUGCCCUUAUUGGAGGGACUGCCAGUGAUUCAACAUGGGACAAAAUUGAUGAGCUCUGGGAAAUUGUGGUGAAGAAAUUGGAAAUAAACUUUACCAUCACAGCUCAAGCCAAAUAUAACACAGGCAAUUCAACCCUUCAUCGGGCACAUCUCAAGCAAAUUGCCACUGUAGCUAGAAUUGUCAUUUUAAUUUGUACUCCUAAGGUGGUAGGAUCAAUAAUGUCAGAAGCUCAACAGCUUGGAAUAACAAGUGGAGAAUAUGUGUUUUUUAUAUUGCAACUUUAUGAGGAUUAUCUUUGGAAAUCUGCUUUAGUGGAUGGGAAAGAUUCAAUUGCCUUGAACCUGUACAAAUCGGUAUUCCUGAUUGGACUGAAGUCAUAUUCUGAACAUGGCUACUUCAAUUUUUUACAAGAAGUGUACCAACGAUUAAAAGGAGCCCCUUUUUACAGUGAUUUGGCUUCAGAAAAAGAGGUGAGCUCCUAUGCAGCUUAUCUUCAUGAUGCAGUAAUACUGUAUGCCAUGGGUGUUCACAAAAUGUUAAAAGCAGGAAAGAACCCAUUUGAUGGAAGAGCACUUAUUAAGAAUUUGAAAGGUUUCAGCAAAGGGCGAUUUUAUGGUAUAACUGGCCCAGUGGAUAUUGAUAGUUCUGGACUACAACAUUUGGAUUAUUCUGUCUAUGACCUACAAUUGUAUGAGAACAUCACAAAGUUUGUUCCUGUUCUUCACUAUGACAGUUACAGAAAAUCAAUAAGCACAACUAAGGAAUUUAUUAAUAUUUCAUGGCCUAGAAAAACUCCAGUCGAAGACUCCCCUGUGUGUGGAUUUUACAAUGAACUUUGUGAAACAGACUCUAGAAGUAAUCGUUUAACAAAGUCACUCUCCUGUACGGGACAAUCUGGAUGCACCAUGAACAUCACUGUCACUACCAUGACAUCUCCACAGAACGCAACAGAUAACAUCAUUGUGAUAGCAGUCAUUGUCGUUGUGUUCGUGGCUCUUGUUGUAUCUGCUGUCAUUGUCUUCCUGAAGACACAGAAAUAUAAAUCAUUAAAUCAAGAUCAGGAUAUGUGGUGGAAAAUAAAUUAUGAAGACAUAACUAUUCUGAAAGAUAACAAGAAGCCUGAUAGUACUGUAUCAAUGAAAGAAGUUGGAAGCCUUGGAUCAAAUACCAACACCUCAAGCCAUCACAAUUACGGCUUCAGAGAUAAACUAGGAAACAGAGUAUUUUAUUCUACAGUGGGUUUUUACCAGGGAAAUUAUGUAGCAGUUAUGCACCUUGAUGAAUCGAUAUCUCCAGAUAUGAGCAAGCAAUCAAUACAACAAGAAUUGCAGAUGAUGCGAGAACUAAGACACGAAAAUCUAGUAACUUUCUUUGGUAUAUGUAUAGAUGCACCACGCUGGUAUAUCAUUUCACAAUACUGCAAAAGGGGAAGUUUAAAGGACAUCCUGAAAAACACAGAUGUUGAACUUGACUGGGUUUUUAAGCUGUCACUUGCUUAUGAUAUAGUAAAUGGAAUGAUAUUUUUGCAUAAUAGCCAACUAAAGUCUCACGGCAAUUUAAAACCUAAAACCUGUCUGGUAGACAGUCGGAUGCAAGUGAAGAUAUCAGGAUUUGGCCUGUGGGAACUUCGAUAUGGAAGGAAAAGGAAAGUGAUCACCACACAAGAUAUGAACUGUGAAGAACUGUACUGGACUGCUCCUGAACUGUUACGACUCAGUGAAUACCCAUUGAAUGGGACCCAGAAAGGAGAUGUGUAUAGUUUUGCCAUUAUUAUGAGAGAGUUGCUGUAUCAUGGGGAUAGUGGACCAUUCCAUGAUUUUCAGAUGACACAAGAAGAAAUUAUUAAUGCAGUCAUAAACCCAGUGAUCUUGUUGAGACCUACACUGUCUGCGGAAAAAUGCAAUGAACCGAUUGUCACACUGCUGACUGCUUGCUGGGAUGAAAGUCCACACAGAAGGCCACACUUUCAGUCAAUCAAACACGCUCUGCGAAACGCUAGUCCAGAAGGUGAGGUGAGCAUUCUGGACAGUAUGGUGGAUAAACUGGAAAAAUAUGCGAAUCAUCUGGAAGAAGUGGUUGAAGAAAGGACAAACCAACUCAUGGUGGAGAAGAGGAAGACAGAUCAGCUUCUGUCCAACCUGUUGCCUAGGUUCAUUGCAGAACAGCUCAUGCAAGGAAACCAUGUGGAGCCAGAAUUCUUUGAAUGUGUUACUAUCUCCUUCUCAGAUAUUGUUGGCUUCACAAGCCUGUGCUCUGUCAGCACCCCACUGCAAAUUGUGGAUAUGCUCAAUGACCUGUACAGCCUGUUUGAUGACAUUAUUAAGUCUUAUGAUGUCUACAAGGUUGAAACAAUAGGCGAUGCUUACAUGGUAGCAAGUGGACUGCCCAUUCGCAAUGGAAUACAGCAUGCAGGGGAAAUUGCCACAAUGUCUUUGCAUUUUCUCAGUGCCAUUGUGACCUUCAAGAUAAGACACGUAGAUAAUGUACAACUGAAACUCCGCACAGGCCUCAACACAGGUCCAGUAGUUACAGGCGUAGUUGGAACAACGAUGCCCAGAUACUGUCUGUUUGGUGAUACUGUCAAUGUAGCAUCAAGAAUGGAAAGCAAUGGUUUGCCUUUGACAAUACACAUAUCAGAGAGCACUGCUGAAGCACUGAGGGCACUGGGAGGAUACGAUGUUGUAAAGAGAGGGACAAUUAAAGUGAAGGGAAAAGGUAUUCAAGCAACAUAUUGGCUAAGAAACAAAGAAGGAUUCAACAAGCCUUUACCAACAUUAAAUUGCAACAUGGGAGAAGAGUUUAAGGACACAAUGGAGAGUGAUGUUGACAGUGGUGAUGGAAUGUCUGCUUCUGAAGCAAUGGGUAAACAGCUAUGAGCUCCCUGAGUGUAUCUUUGUAAUUAGACAAA